AUGGAAUCCCAAUUCAGAAACGCAGAAAUCACAACUGACCAAACCAAAUAUGAUCAUGUAGUCGGCAGUCUUGACAGCGCUACUUUAAGAUAUAUCGCGGACAUUGUUCGUGCUCCCCCUGUUGUAGAAAAAUACGAAGCAGUUAAGAAGCCAUUAAUUCAAGACUUUGCAGACUCCGAAAAUCGAAAACUGCGGCGACUAGUUCAGAAGUGCCAGUUAGAUAAUAGUAAGCCAACACAUUUGUUGCGCACCAUGCGAGAUUUAGCCAGCGGCGCCAUGAAUGAUGGAGCAAUUAAACAAUUGUGGCUGGAUCGUUUGCCAGAAGCAGUGCGAGCAGUCGUUUCAAUUUCGGAGGCUGACUUGGACAAAUGUGCGCAACAGGCAGAUCUGAUGUUGGAAAUGGGAAACUACAAUUCUGUAGCUGUUAUCAACACAUCUGCACAGAAUAAUGAUCACAUCAUGAAAGCCAUAGACGCCUUGAGUAAGCAGAUUGCGGAGAUAAAAACUGCACAAAGACGAAGCAGAACAAGAUCUCAAACUCCAGAUCGCAAGCGACGUCAUUCAACCCGUACUGAUUCACAAGUAAAACGUUAUCCUAUGUGUUACUAUCACUAUCGUUUCGGUGUGGAAACAAAAAAAUGUUCCCUGCCGUGUAGUUUCAAUCAACAGGGAAACCAAUAA